ACAAAAUGGCGGAUAAACAUUAAAAUAACAACAAUAGGUGUUUGUGACUAUUGGAAGCGUUUCUUAAGUUGAAACUAAGGUUUAGAUAUUAGUUAGAUCUAGGCUCUAUAUCUAUUUAUUUAAUAAAAAAACAAUGACAGACAAAGAUCACGCUCCUCUCACUACAUCAUGUGCAAGAGCGUUGAUUGACAAGCUUUACGAAAAGCGGAAAAGUGCCGCUCUGGAAAUAGAAAGGCUUGUUAAAGACCUAUCUGCUACUAGUCAGCUGGAUCAAAUUAAAAAGUUGCUCAAGGUUCUUGAGGAAUAUGCUGUCUCACAAAAUCCCAACAUUCGCAAAGGAGGUCUUAUUGGCUUAGCAGCUGUUGCUAUAGGCUUAGGAAAGGAUUCUUGUAGUUAUAUCAACAAUUUAGUACGUCCAGUGGUCGUUUGUUUUCAUGAUGGUGACAGCCGUGUCCAGUACUAUGCAUGUGAGGCACUUUACAACAUUGUCAAAGUGUCACGAGGAGCAGUUCUACCACAUUUCAAUGACAUCUUUGAUGGUUUGAGCAAGUUAACUGCACACCCAGAUCAAAAUGUCAAGAAUGGAGCAGAGCUGCUAGAUCGUUUGAUUAAAGAUAUUGUGACAGAGAGCUCAUCUUUUGAUCUUGUGGCAUUCAUCCCACUUCUACGAGAGAGGAUCUACACUAAAAAUACAUUUGCAAGGCAGUUUAUUGUUUCUUGGAUUGAAGUUUUGGAUGCUGUCCCUGACAUCAACAUGCUAGCUCUUCUUCCUGAAAUUCUGGAUGGACUUUUUCAGAUCCUGGGAGACAACAGCCACGAAAUACGCAAGAUGUGUCAGGGAGUUCUGGCAGAAUUCUUGGAAGGCAUCAAGCGAUCAAAGAAUGGAGUCAACGUAACUGCCAUGGCUAAUAUUUUGAUUGUUCAUAGUCAAAAUACAGAUGACCUGAUACAAUUUACUGCCAUUACCUGGCUGCGGGAGUUCAUUGCCUAUUCUGGUCGGGCCAUGUUGCCCCAUACUGCUGGAAUACUGAGUGCAGUCUUACCUUGUCUGGCCUACAAUGAUGAAAAUAGAAAAAAAGUUCGUGAGGCAGCUGAAAGUCUAAAUCAGGCACUGAGGAAGCUUGUGGAGACUCAAGAUGACCAACCUACACCCACAGCUGAGGUGAUAUCAUUCAUCAAUGAACUUGACAAAACAGACAAAACAUCUUUAAAAACAAAUAGUGCAAUAAUUCAACUAGAAAUCCUGCCUGUAAUAAAAGUACUACAAAGGCUGCUUACUCAUGAAACAAUUCAAGCAAGAGUUGCCUCUUUGAAAUGGUUUAAUCUUCUGCUGGUGAAAACUCCAAACAAGACUUUCCGUUACAUUGAAACUUUCUUUGGGCUCUUAAUGACGACACUAGCAGACCCUUCAGAUGAUGUUGUUUUAUUAGAUCUGGAGGUUUUGUCUGAGAUUUCAUCGAACCCCACGGGUUUCAUUAUGCCCCCUGGCUCAUCAGAUGGCACUGUGGUCAGCCCAGAAAGGGCAAGUUUCAGUGAUGUGAAGUUGAACCCCUACUUUUUUAAGCUAAUGAAUGGCUUGAUUGACUGGUUUAAGAAGGACAAACAGUUGCUGGAGGACAGAGGAGCUUUUAUCAUAAGGCAGCUAUCUAUCUAUUUGAGUGCUGAGGCAAUAUUCCACAGUUUGUCUGAGAUUCUCAUUCUGGAAGAGGAUGUCGCCUUUGCAUGCACAGUGGUGCAGAGCUUAAAUACAAUCCUACUGACCUCCACUGAGAUCUAUGAGCUCAGGUCCCAGCUUAGAGAGCUCAGUACAGAGGAGAGCUGUAGCUUGUUUUGCUGUCUGUACAAGUGUUGGUGCCACAGUCCCAUAUCCCUGAUGUCCCUGUGCUACCUGACCCAGAACUAUGCCCAGGCCUACAGGCUCAUGCAGAUUUUUGGCGAUCUGGAAGUGACAGUGGAUUUCUUGAAAGAAAUAGAUAAGCUGGUGCAACUCAUUGAAUCACCUAUUUUUGCUUAUUUGCGGCUUCAGUUGCUAGAAGCCCAUCUGUACCCUGAGCUGAUAAAGAGCUUGUAUGGACUGCUUAUGAUGUUGCCCCAGUCCGAGGCAUUCAAAUUGCUCCGCUGCAGACUUGAGUGUAUACCCCAGAUUAAUCUUACAGUGGCAUUAGAUACAGAUCAAAAAAAAAGAGGUGAAGAGAGACCACUGGUGAAGAAAAUCAACUUUGACGAGCUUCUUGAGCACUUCCUGCGAGUUCAGGCUAAGCACCGGGAGCACAAACGUAAUCAAGUGGCUUACAAGAUAGCAGCUGCUCGUAACCUUCGCUAAAAGACAUAGCAUUACUUAUAGCUACACAUUCCUUAUCUCCACCAUCAAACUUAUUUAAAGAUGUGAUAGAAACCGGUUCAUUUUGCAUUAUUUUAUUUGUUUGUAUGUUUUUUUUAAACCAAUUUUUAUAAGAAUACUAUGUAUUUUAUGUAAAGUAUUUGGUGUGGCUGUGGAUAAAUGUCUCUCCAACCCUAAUCCAGUAUUGAGUGUGCAUGUUAAGUAAUAUAUGUCAUGGUCCAUGUGGGCUACUGUGAGUAUGUUUUUCUUAAGAUCCAACAGAAGUUAUGCAGCCUUAUUUUCCUUUAGGAAAGAGCACUUCCCAGAUAAUUGUGACCUCAUAAAGUACUGUGCUGGAAACAGUGGAAUGAGUAAAGUACUUGAAAAAAUUUAGUUUGUUCAGAGUGCUUAAAAGAGGAAGAGGUUAUGACUUGAAAUGAGGUUAUAAAGAUCUAUGCUUUCCUUCCCAGACAUAAAGAAGAUGACGUAAUUCUCAUUUCUAGCUCAUGUCUUUAAAUUUUUUCCCCCCUCCUCCAUCUAUUUAUUGUUGAUGCCUGUAAUUACAUUACUAUUGUUUUUAAAUUUGGAAAGUCAUUUCAGUUGUUUGAAUUGUAGUGUAGUUUAAACACUUGCUUAUUUGAAUAACAAACAAAGAAUUAUAAAUACGUGGGCACUGUGGCUGAGUGGUUAAGCGCUUGGCUUCUGAAACUGGGGUCGGUCCUGGGUUCGAAUCUCUGUGGAGACUGGGAUUUUGAAUUUCUGAUUUUUAGGGCGCCCCUGAGUCCAGCCAACUUAUAUAUAAUGGGUACCUGUCUAAAGUUUGGGAAUGUAAAGGCGGUUGGUUGUUGUGCUGGCCACAUGAAACCCUGCUCAUUAACCAUUGGCCUGAGAAACAGAUGACCUUAACAUCAUCUGCCCUAUAGAUCGCAAGGUCUGAAAGGGGAACUUAAUUUUGAUUGAAGUCGCCUGCAAUUAGUCAUGUAAAAUGAAGUAAGGUUAAAACUUGAAGUCGCCUGCAAUUAGUCAUGUAAAAUGAAGUAAGGUUAAAACCACUUUUUUCAGAAGUGAUCUGAAGUUUAUUUCCCCAGUGCCACAUGUAAUCUGCAUGUUUUAAUUAGAAUGAAUCCAUUAAGGCAUUCCAAUAGAUUCUUAAUUUGUAAGUGACCAAAAAAACAUUAGGGCAUAUGUAUAUAUUUAUUUUAAUCAUUGUGUUCCAUGUUAUGGUAGAGUUAGGAAGGUCGGUAAACAACCAAUCCUUCAUCCUGGCUACGGGAUAAAAUCCUUUUCGGUCAAAGUUUUCAAAGGGAUUUAUCUCGAACCUUUUCGGACAUCUCGACAAGGUACUCUUAAAGCAGAAGAUUUGCCAGUAUAAUGUGGAAUUCUUGUGCGACAUGUCCUAAUGAAUUAUCUGGCUGAAAUUCAGCUGUCACACUGAUUGUGUUUUUUCUUGGGAUUUUAAAUCCAAUAUUUUAGUAUUUUAUUGUAUUUUUUGGUUUGAAGUUUGAAAGACACUUCAUGUGAUUAUGUUGACAGCAUAAAAAUAUGAUAUCUGUAAUGCAAUAAUUUAUUAUUAAAUGUAUUUAAACCUGA